UGCACCGAGCUGAAGCUAUUGCACGAAAAGAGCUGCUCGCAGCCGCACUACUGUGAAUAUCUGUAAGCUCAUAGCCAGGACUGUGGAGUGUGCAGAGGAGAGAGCGCGAGGAGGAGAGGUGGAGGGAAUACAGUUGGAUUUGGACACAACUGGAAAACUACCAAACGCGCACAGUACGCACCGAGCGGAAGGCACAUCGACGGUGCGUAGCCAACAUUUCACCUACUCUCUCCCCCCACUCGCGUCCUCCUGCGAUCGGAUCCAGGCGAGAAUGGAGCUCCCCGCCGCCGGAGAGCACGUCUUUGCGGUGGAGGGCAUCGAAAAGAAGCGCAUCCGCAAGGGCAAGAUCGAGUACCUGGUCAAGUGGCGAGGCUGGUCUCCCAAAUACAACACAUGGGAACCAGAGGAAAACAUCCUUGACCCGAGGCUCCUCGUCGCGUUUCAACACAGAGAGAGGCAGGAGCAGCUGCUGGGAUAUCGCAAACGGGGGCCAAAACCAAAACAUCUUUUGCUCCAGGUACCCUCAUUUGCCAGAAGAUCCAGUAUCCCUGCUGGUUUUGAGGAAUCAUCUCAGGAUGCAGAGGCUAGCCUCAAGUCUGAUCUUGUCCCGUUUCAGCGUCCCCAGCCUCAACAGUACCAGCUUAACAGCAAAAAGCACCACCAGUACCAGCCCAGUAGUCAGGAGGUCCCUGCUGACCAGCCAACUAACGGCAAGAAGAAGUUUAUCUACCAGCUCAAUAGCAAGAAGCACCACCACUACGAGCCUGACCCCAACAUGUACGACGCGCAGGCCUCCAGGCUCAAAGAGGUGGUCAAAGUCCAGGAGCCGGCCAGUAAACCGCCGAAUCCCGGCUGGAACUUACCACUGGCUUUACAGCAGAAAUGGGUUCGGGACAAAGACACAGGCUGCUUGAGCAAAGUCAAAGAGUUGGCGGUGGAGAUGAGGAAACCAGCUGUUAAAGACGCUGAGAGCGAACAGGCCCUCAAACCCAACCCUAAAGACGCGACCCUGCCGAGCACUGUUAGCAGCAAAAUGAAGAUAAUCAAGAACAAAAACAAGAACGGACGCAUUGUUAUUGUCAUGAGCAAAUACAUGGACAGCAACAAGGUUCACGGAGCAAAGGGUAAACACGGGGAAUCGUCGGGCGAAGCGAAACCCCAAAACACCAAACUGUCAGAGAACAAUCCAGCGCACACAACCAAAAUGGCAGAGCACCCAGAGAACGGUAUCCCCAAAGAGCUCUGUAACGGCAGCUCCCCACCUGCCGCUGAGCAUCCUAUAAAGUGUUCCCCAAAGGACAGACAUUUCUCCAAACCUUCGCCAAGCACAGCAGAGGAAUACAACACCGAAGUGGCUCGCGGUCAGGCCGAUUUACCGGACGAUCUACCGCUUCAGCUGACUGCCAGCUCGCCUCUAACAUCCUGGGCUGUUGACACCAACAUCCCAACCCCUACGUCCAUCGACCAGAUCAGGAUCCCAUCUUUUCCCAACGACCGCAAACGAAAGCUUUCAGAUCCAGCAGAGGACAGGAGCGUCUCUAAAACCUUCCUGACAUCCAGAAGCUUCAGCGUCCCGAGCACUGUGGUCACGCCACCUCAGGACAAACCUAUGGACCUCCAUUGCAGCGGCCCACGCCGCAGCAGCUCGUGUACAUAUGAGGUCGCAGACUCUGGCAGCCAAGAGGAGCCGAUGGAUCUCAGCUGCCCAAAGACUAAGAAGCAGGCGGAGCCGGAAAUAGAGCCGGAACCUGCGGUCACAGAAACACCUCCUGUCAUAGAAGAACCUCAGAAAUCUACAGAAAAAUCAAAAGAAGCACCUGUUAAAAAAAUCUCGCCGUUCAUGGGAAAUAUCAUAAUCACUGACAUCACGACAAACAGUCUCACCGUCACCUUCAAGGAAUAUGUGUCUUUCUAAGAAACCGGACUACCAGUGACCGAUUGGAUGAAUUUUGUGAAUAUGUGCAUAUGUAAAAAUAUCAGAAUUUUGUAUAUGUGGAAAUUUAUAAUUUAUCAUUCAAAUUCAAUAUGUUUCUUAUAAUGUUUUAUACUGUAACUCCAAUGUGACAUCGUAGCCAAGAAAGUGCCCUCGAGGAUUUGAGCGAAUGCAUUCAGGUGGAUGUAUUCCACUUUAAAAAAAAAAAAAAUACUGUUUAUUGUCAUGCGGAGCUUAAUGGGAUACUUUUGCUGUUGUUUCAUACCUGUACCAAACCUAUAACCUGAGAUGUAUGAAGGUUUAUACAUAUUUUGUAUAAAUAAUAUCACAUAUUUUGGUCCUGAUAGAAGUUAGAGAGGAUGUUGAUGAGUAUAUGCUGAUCAAAGAUCAAAUUGAAAGCACUUAAUUACAUUUUCAUACGUUUGUGUCUUUAGGAGAAACAGCCGUUUUCUUUAAGUCUUAUGUCACUUUUUACUCCACACAGGUUCCCUUAGACUGAACUGGCGAAUUUUGUUGCACGUUUUGUUUGUGGCUUGUUUGAGAAAACAUGAUUAGCCAUGACAUCCAAAUCGAAAAAGCAGGUGUGUCUGAGUGUAAUGCAAACACACACUGGCUGUGUCAACAACCUCAAAGAAAUGUCUCGCUCUUUCCCUUUUUUUUUUGUCAGGUUUUGGUCUAGCAGAGCCGUCGGAGAAUAUGCCGUCGCAACCCGAUCUGUAAGGUUACUGCACAUUUCAACAAUCACCUUCAACAAAAUGUGACGUCUCACAGGUCUGUUACCAUUAACAAAACGGUGUGGUUUAUCAAACGUGUUACUUCCCGUUAAGACGAUAUAUUGAUACUUAAUUUAUUACAUUAUUGUUGACCUCUCAUACUGCUGGAGUUACUUUAAAAGUACAUCUGCUAGUCUCAUUAGGAGCCUCCUAAUGUCGCACAGAUUAAUCAUCUCAUUUUGCUUUUGAAGCUCAUGAUAUGACCCGAAAAACACGUUAUACUGCUAUUUGCUUUAUAAAAAAGCUACCAUUAACGUUACACAGAUUAAAUGUGAGUGGCGAGGCUCCUUUUGUGUUCUGUUACAUGCGAUCCAAUGAGUGCAAGCUGUUUUGAUUAUGCUGCUGAGUAUUCAAAUGUCAAAGCUGUUGGAUGUAUUUGAGUCUAAAUUGCCUUCUACGCACGUUUAAUGCAAAACCAGUUAGAAUGCUAAAAUGCUAUGACAUAAAAUGAAGUCUAUUUAUUGACAUUUGUUCAAAACCAAUUACAAAGAUGCUCUCUGCAUCAGAAGCUGCACUUGAUUCUGAACAGUUGAUGAAAAUAUUAUGAGUCUGUUUGCUCCAUCUUUUGCUUUCUUUUCUUCAUUCUGCCUCGCGCUUGGUUCAAAAUCAAAAUGAUUGAUAUAAAGUACCACAAGUUGGUUGAGUUAUUGCUAUUGGCACAGCUUAUUGGAUGGUAUGUUCCACAAUAAAGAAAGAGAACUGACCUCUGA